AUGAAUAAACAUAUAAUUUAUAUUGAGUCGCUACCAACACCUUUUUUGCAGAUUUUAGGAGUGACAAUGGAACAAAACCCCGAGUUUGAGGUUGUCAUGAAGAGUCUAAUUAGAGGCUGGAGAGGUUAUGGAUAUAAUAGCGGAGUUGUUUUAAUGGACUUAGCUAAAUUACGUUCAGCAGCACAGAACCAUUUAUGGAUGAGUGCUAUUAAAUUUGUUAUGAAGGCAACGCGUUAUUUGUCAGCUGGGGAACAAGGUGUUAUAAAUUUAAUCAUGUUUAGAAACAAUGAGACAUUUUACAAAAUACCAUGUGAAUGGAACAUACAACUCAGUUCAGGUGUUGAUGUACACAGAUGUCCAGUUAGUUGGUUAGCUGAAAAUUCUCUAUUAAACAACAGGGAUUUAAUGUAUGGGAAACAACCUAAAAUUGUGUACUUAAACCAUCAAGUAAAACCGGAAUAUCUGGACUUGGAAAAUAUAUUAAAUGUUGAUACUAAUGUAUCACUUACGACUUAUAAUGCUAACUUACUCUACAUGGUGUAUCUUAAAGAAUAUUUUAAAUAUCGACAUACCAGUCAAAAAUGUUUCUAUUAA